UAUUAAAAAAAACUGGUUCUUUGAAUUGAAAACAAAUUCUCUCCAAUCUCUUAAAAUUAAUAUUAUUAUAAUUUGUUCCCUGCAUCUUCUCACCCCUCCAUAAUAAUAAUAAUCUGAGAUCUCAUUCUGACACCAAUCUUUAAAGAUUUCUCUGCCAAGAAAAUUCCAAGACUCAAUUUUUAUUUAUAAUUUUGUUAUCCAUUAGCUUCUUUUGCCUUCAAUCUCCUCUGAUCCAGGGAAACAAACUCUGCCACAACCAAAUCUUAAAUGGGUUUUUACAGCUAAGGCUGUUCUUGAAAGGGUGACACAAAAAACCAGCCAUGGGAGAUUCAAGUGCUGGUAGGUAUAUAGUUCUGAGAAUUUGGGUUGUGGGCUUCGAACAUAAGCAAAAGCUGGAGUUAAGGUUGGCAUUCAUAAACAUAUUGUCUGCUGGCUCUUUUGGAUGAUAUGAUUUGGUCAUUGUUUAAAAAGUUGUUGUUGUUGUUGCUGUUGUGUAUUUAUUGUUGUUGGAUCAUUUUUGCACAUGUAGCUUCUGUAUGUGAACUAGUACAAUAUAUCGAGUUCUUGAAAUAAACCAAAAAAAAAGAGAGAGAGAGAAGAAGAAGAAGAAAAUGGUGAAGCCUUGUUGGAAACCUUCGGUAGAGGGAGACGGGAAUCGGAGAAGAGAAAACGGGAGUCGUAAAGGGGGAGAUCUGAUCGGAAGAGUUGACGGGCUUUUGUGGUAUAAAGAUAUUGGAAAUCAUAUCGACGGAGAAUUUUCAAUGGCUGUGAUUCAAGCCAAUAGCUUGAUGGAGGAUCAGAGCCAGAUCGAAUCUGGACCGUUGAGUUCGCUUGAUGCGGGACCCUGCGGAACUUUCGUUGGGAUUUACGAUGGACAUGGUGGACCUGAAACUUCUCGGUUCGUAAAUCAAAGCCUAUUCACCAACCUCAAGAAAUUUGCGUCGGAGAAUCAAGAAAUAUCCGCGAAUGUAAUUAAAAAGGCGUUCUUGGCAACCGAAGAAGAGUUUCUCUCUCUAGUGAGGCAGCAAUGGUCUGUAAAGCCACUGCUUGCUUCGGUGGGUACUUGCUGUUUGGUAGGGUUGAUCUGCAACGGGAUCCUCUACAUCGCCAACGCAGGGGACUCCCGUGUGGUCUUGGGAAGAGCCAAUAAGACCGUUAGAGGAGUGACACCUGUCCAAUUAUCAACGGAGCACAACGCCAACCUCGAACCCAUUAGAGACGAGCUAAGGUCUCUCCAUCCGGACGAUUCUCAGAUCGUCGUUUUAAAGCACAAAGUUUGGCGCGUAAAGGGCAUUAUACAGGUUUCGAGAUCUAUCGGAGACGCUUAUCUAAAGAGAUCAGAAUUCAACAGAGAACCACUGUUGGCGAAAUUUAGAGUAGCGGAGCCAUUCCACAAGCCGAUUCUUAGUGCAGAGCCUUCGAUACUUGUACACAAACUUCAAGCAGAGGAUCAGUUUCUCGUUUUUGCUUCGGAUGGUUUGUGGGAGCAUCUUAGCAACCAGGAGGCAGUUGAUAUAGUUAACAGUUACCCCCGACAAGGAAUAGCUAGGAGACUGGUAAAAGCGGGUCUUCGAGUGGCGGCAAAGAAGAGAGAAAUGCGAUAUACGGAUUUGAAGAAGAUCGAUAGAGGGGUGAGGAGGCAUUUCCACGAUGACAUCACUGUUGUCGUUGUUUUUAUAGAUCAAUGUUUGAUCAAAACCGCAUCCUCUCGUAGUUCGACAGUUUCUAUAAGAGGAGGUGGUGGUUUUCCUUAAAUCUGCAAAUUUUAAUAAUCUAGCUUAAAUUUUUUAUUCUAAUUUUUUUUAUUAAUCUGAUUUUAUUUUUUCUGAAUCCCAUCGUUGACAUUUUUAUGUGGGGGGUGAGAACUGAGAAUAGAUUUGUGAGGGUUUUGAUCCUCUUAAGAGGUGAAGAGCCUCUCUUCUUUUAGUCUGACUGAAUCUUAGUCAGCUGCUAUAUCAGUAUAUUGUAUAUGAUAUAAAAUUUACGUUCGGC